GCCGUGAGAAUGGGUCUCGUCAAGUUGACCGUUCUGUUGCUCAUCGGCAGUGCGUUAUCCUGCCAGCUUCCUGACGUGCCGAACCCUCCAACACGCGUCAGACAGGUCUCAAAAAAUGCAGUGAUCGAAAUCGAGGGGAGAGCCGGUGGCUCGGUAGUUCUCAAUGCCACGAAGAACGAUGGCACAAACAUGAGAAUUGAACUUCAAUUCUCCGAUUCGUCACCAACCGCUACCCCAAGGGUAACGAGCUGCGGUCAAUUCUACACCUGCAUCGCUGAUGAAAAAGGAACUCACACGACCAUCGAAGUGGUCCCCACUCGUGAAUUCGUGAAAGUUCAAAGGAACUCAUCUUCACCCUCGAGUCGUUUCAGCGAUUGCUUCUCAUUGCGAGACGACACGCAAUGGGUGGGUGGUCCCCAGCACCGGUACCAGCACUGGCCGAUCCAGCACAUGUACUUCGACGAAGAGCCUUAUGUCCCGUCCCACCCGACGAAUAUGGCCAUCACCGAGAGGUACUGGCUCUCCAGCAGAGGUUUCUACAUUCACGUCUCCCCAUACGUCCACCUCUUCCUGGACCAGAACAACAUCAAGGAUAAGUACCUGUGCCUGGUGACCAAGAACAAGGCGCCAUACACCCCAGGUAAGAACACCACAACCUCCUACGAAUUCGGAUUCUUCAACAAUUCCCGUCUCGCGCACGAGUCCGUCAUCAACCGUCACUUUGGAAAGCCAUCUGGACAUCCUGAUGCCCGUAUGGUCCAGCACCCCAUCUACUCGACCUGGGCCAGGUACAAGGCCAACGUCAGCGAGAAAGUCGUCAACGAUUUUGUGGAUGAGAUCGUCUCUUAUAAAUUCAACAACAGCCAGUUGGAGAUAGACGACAAUUGGGAGACCUGCUACGGAUCUGCUACAUUCGACACUAAGAAAUUCCCCAAUAUCACUCGACUCGCUGAUACUCUCAGGAAGAAGGGUUUCAGGAAUACACUUUGGAUUCAUCCUUUCAUUAAUAUUGGGUGUGAACCUGCUUAUUCUUACGCUCGUAAUAAUAGUUACUUUGUGAAGAAUAGCGAUGGGAGUACGUACACUACAUGGUGGCAAGGCAACAAUGGAGCUGGAGUAAUAGAUUUCACAAAUCCAAAGGCCGUUAGCUGGUGGGUGGGAAGAUUGAAAGCCCUCGAAAGACUGGGAAUAGACUCCUUCAAAUUCGAUGCUGGUGAGUCAUCAUGGCUCCCCCAGAUAUCCGAAUUGGCUGGAGCACCCGGAUUGAAACCAGGAAUCUUCACCAAGGAUUACGUGAAUGCGCUUGCGAUCAACUUCAACAGCAUGAUCGAGGCUCGAGUCGGCUGGGACUCGCAGGACCUCCCGAUCUUCAUCAGGAUGAUCGACAAGGACACGAGGUACACUUGGAACAAUGGGCUGCCAACGUUGAUCACGACCCUCCUGCAGAUGAACCUGGCGGGGUACGUUUGGGUUCUUCCAGACAUGAUCGGGGGGAAUGGGUAUUUGAAUGGAUCAUUGAAUGGCACUUUCCUGCCCACGAAGGACCUCUUCAUCAGGUGGCUGCAGUGCAAUGUGUUCAUGCCUUCUUUGCAGUAUUCUUUCGUCCCUUGGGAUUACGAUACCGAGACGGUUACAAUCAGCCGAAAAUUCACGGAUCUUCAUGCUGAAAUAGCGCCGACUAUCCUGAGACUCAUGAAUGUAACGGUCAGUACUGGAGCCCCACUGAAUCCCCCCAUCUGGUGGGUCGACCCUACCGAUCAGGAGGCUCACAAAAUCAACGAUGAGUUCCUCCUGGGAGAGGAAAUCCUCGUAGCCCCAGUGAUUGAGGAAAACGUGAGCUCUCGCGACGUCUACCUGCCUAGAGGGACCUGGAGGGAUGCUAAUACCAAUCGUAGUUAUGUCGGACCAACUUGGAUACGAAACUACCCUGCACCACUGAACGUUCUCCCAUGGUUUAGAAAACAAGCAUAAUUUUUGAAUGGUCUUAUCGAAUGCAAAAUGUUAUGUAGUUUAUAUAUCUAAGGAGGAAUGAUCGAUUGAAAAAUCAUAAAAAUACUGUGUUAUCAAUAAAAACAUCUGAAUCGUC